UUAGAGAGAGAGAGAGGAAUAAUAAUAAAACAGCUUAAUUAAGGCAAAAAAAUAUGAAAAUAGCUUCUUCUUCCCCGAUUCUCACCGUUGUCUCCAGCUCUGGCUCUUUGGAUCCGAAAAUUACUGGAUCAUCACUUGGAUCUCGAAUCCUUCCUCCUGCUACUCAAAGAUCCUCGCCAUCGGACAAUCUUCUCCUCCGUAGGACAAUGUCUUCCAAUUAUCUGAGGCAUGUUGAGUCCAUGUCCCAGUUACCUUCAGGUGCUGGUAAAAUCUCUCAAUUAAACGCCGUUGUUUUAGGAGAAUCCCUUGCUUCCGAGGAGAAUGAUCUCGUCUUUCCCAGCAAGGAAUUCUCUGGCCAAGCUCUUGUUUCCUCCCCUCAACAGUACAUGGAAAUGCACAAAAGGUCGAUGGAUGACCCUGCUGGUUUUUGGUCUGAUAUUGCGUCUGAGUUUUACUGGAAGCAAAAAUGGGGUGACCAAGUUUUUUCCGAAAAUCUCGAUGUCAGGAAGGGUCCUAUUAGCAUUGAGUGGUUCAAGGGGGGAAUAACCAAUAUUUGCUACAACUGUUUGGACAAAAACGUGGAAGCUGGUUUGGGUGAUAACAUAGCUAUGUACUGGGAAGGAAAUGAAGUUGGGGUAGAUGCUUCCUUAACUUAUUCUGAAUUGCUCCAACAAGUUUGCCAGCUUGCUAAUUACUUGAAAGAAAUUGGAGUGAAGAAGGGGGAUGCUGUUGUAAUUUACUUACCAAUGUUGAUGGAACUUCCCAUCGCUAUGCUUGCAUGCGCACGGAUUGGAGCUGUUCAUUCGGUUGUUUUUGCUGGAUUUUCUGCUGACUCUCUUGCUCAAAGAAUCAUUGACUGCAAGCCAAAAGUAAUACUGACUUGCAAUGCUGUUAAAAGAGGCCCUAAGACUAUAAACCUUAAAGCUAUUGUUGAUGCUGCACUUGACCAAUCUUCUAAAGAUGGAGUCUCUGUAGGCGUCUGCUUGACCUAUGAAAACUCAUCAGCGACAACACGGGAAAACACAAAAUGGCAAGAUGUAAGAGAUGUGUGGUGGCAGGAUGUCAUUCCCAAAUAUCCAACAUCAUGUGAGGUGGAAUGGGUUGAUGCUGAAGCUCCCCUGUUUUUGCUCUACACCAGUGGAAGUACCGGGAAGCCAAAGGGUGUCCUACACACAACUGGAGGGUAUAUGAUCUACUCUGCUACAACAUUCAAAUAUGCAUUUGACUAUAAGCCAACAGAUGUGUACUGGUGUACAGCAGAUUGUGGUUGGAUAACUGGCCAUAGCUAUGUUACCUAUGGACCAAUGCUAAAUGGAGCCACCGUUGUUGUCUUUGAAGGGGCUCCAAACUACCCUGAUUCUGGACGCUGUUGGGAUAUUGUUGACAAAUACAAAGUUUCCAUAUUUUAUACUGCCCCAACGUUGGUGAGGUCCCUCAUGCGUGAUGACGAUAAGUUUGUAACACGUUACUCUCGCAAAUCACUACGAGUCCUUGGAAGUGUGGGUGAGCCCAUCAAUCCGAGUGCUUGGAGAUGGUUCUUCAAUGUAGUCGGUGAUUCGAGGUGUCCCAUUUCAGAUACAUGGUGGCAAACUGAAACUGGAGGCUUCAUGAUAACCCCAUUGCCAGGUGCCUGGCCGCAGAAGCCUGGUUCAGCUACUUUCCCUUUCUUUGGUGUUCAGCCUGUCAUAGUUGAUGAAAAAGGAAAUGAAAUUGAAGGCGAGUGUAGUGGUUAUCUUUGUGUGAAAGGUUCAUGGCCGGGGGCAUUUCGAACUCUGUUUGGGGAUCAUGAAAGAUAUGAAACCACAUACUUUAAACCUUUUCCUGGAUACUAUUUCAGUGGUGAUGGUUGCAGCAGGGAUAAGGAUGGUUACUACUGGCUUACUGGAAGGGUUGAUGAUGUUAUCAACGUCAGUGGCCAUCGAAUCGGAACUGCUGAAGUAGAAUCUGCUCUGGUUUUACAUCCCCAAUGUGCAGAAGCAGCUGUUGUAGGCAUAGAACAUGAGGUAAAAGGACAGGGUAUCUAUGCGUUUGUCACUCUUCUGGAAGGUGUUCCUUACAGCGAGGAGCUUCGGAAAAGCCUAGUACUAAUGGUCCGAAAUCAGAUUGGGGCUUUUGCCGCUCCGGACAGAAUACAUUGGGCACCGGGGUUGCCAAAGACGAGAAGCGGAAAGAUAAUGAGGAGAAUCUUAAGAAAGAUUGCUUCAAGGCAAUUAGAAGAGCUUGGAGAUAUUAGCACACUAGCGGAUCCUAGUGUAGUUGAUCAGCUUAUUGCACUUGCCGAUGUGUGAAGUAACCAUGUCAAUACUAUAUGAUCCAAUGGAGAAGUGAUGGAGUUUUGUGCAUCUCUAUGUUUCAGUGUCUUAUAGAGGAAUUGGUACAAAAAUCUGAAACAAGAUUCAGGUAAUUGGAAGGAAGAAUAAAGUAAGUGGACUAUAUUGUUGUGUUCUUUUAAUAAAGAAAUUUCAUUUCCAUGAGUUUGGUUUUGGAGAAGAAAAUGUUCAUAGGAUAAUAAAAGUGGUUAAAUCUAAAUAUAAAGAUUCAGGGUAA